UAUUUCAUUAAUUUCCUUUUUUUUUUUUAAGACAAACACAGACGACGACCCGACUCUUCAUUGUUUGGGUUCAGACCAGACCAUAACUCAAAUCUCCACCAUGGAGAAUUAUUACAAAGAAAUGGAACCGCCAGCCGCUGGGAACCGCCGAGACGCAGCUUCGGUGAAAGGUCACAGCGUGAGUUUCGACGAUUCAACCGCCGAUCAGAGUCAGACGAACGAUUACCAGUUGAAGAUAAAGAAAAGCAAAAGCGUGCCGAACGCGGAUCGUGCGGCGUCUAGGAGCUGGAGUUUCAGCGAUCCAGAAUCGCGGAGGAAGAGAAGAGUCGCCGGCUAUAAAGUUUAUUCCGUUGAACAGAAGAUGAAGGGUUCCAUUAGAAAGAGCUUCAAAUGGUUCAAAGACAUCAUCGGUAUUUCUUGAUAUCUAUCUUUCUAUGAAUCUUUCUCUCUCUCUCUAUAUAUGUUUCCUCUGAAUGAAUCUCUUCUUCGAUCGUUCGUGCUGAGUGUUUAUAUAUCUCUCUGUAACAAAUACAGGAAACAACACAAAAUUUGAUAUUUUCUUCCUUCUUGUUGCAAUUAUAUCAAGAUUUGUAGUA